AUGGAGGAUCACGACUACGACAUGGCUGCCCCCCUCGGAGCUGGGGAUGACGGACUCAGCGAGGCUACAGACAUUGAGACAGAUGAUCAGAUGUCCAAGGCUGAUAAGAUCAACCAGGUACACACUCCAAUUAAACCUCCUCACCCCAAAAAGCACAAGAAAGAUAACCGAAACCCUCACGGAGAUUGUAUUGGCGAGACGAUUCUGCAGGCGGUGAACUCACUGACUGCGAAAAUGGAUACCCAGACUGAACUUUUGCUAAAGUUUGAAAAAAGAAUUGAGGAGAACACUGUUGCAAUUAUUGAGAACAGGCAAAACAUUGAAGCUCUACAGGGAAAGAUCAGCAAACUUGAAGAGGAAAACAAGCUACUUAAGGAGUCUGUGUCUGAGCAAGCUCGUUAUAAAAGGAGAUGGAACCUGAGGAUUAACGGUCUGGCUGAAAAAGACGGAGAAGAUAUAAGAGAGGUUGUCAUUGGCAUUUUAACCCGAGUGGUGCCAGUCUCAGUGGAACAGCUUCGCGGGUCGGUCGACACUGUGCAUCGCCUGGGUAAGAAAAGAGACCCCGCCACUUCAAACAACGCUCCACGUUCAGUAAUAAUCCAGUUUGUGGCGAGGAUGAUUCGAGAUGAUGUGUGGAAGCGAUCCAGAGAUGCCAGGGUCUGUCAGGAGCUGCAUAUCCAAUUUAAGGAAGAUUUUUCCAAAGAAGACAGAGAAGCUCCCUGCAACAUUGACUGUAACUUUGACAACAACCUUUGUGGCUGGAAACAGAUGAUUACAGAUGCUUUUGAUUGGACAUGGCAAAGAGGUUCUACUCCCACCCUGAUGACAGGCCCCUCUGCUGACCAUACUGGUGAUGGCCACUACAUGUAUAUUGAGGCCAGCAGUGUGAAAUAUGGAGACCCAGCUCAUCUCAUCAGCUCUGUGUGCUCUGACCCUGGUCCUCAGUGUCUGCAGUUCUGGUACCAUAUGUAUGGCUCAGCAGAUACAAUGGGCCUACACAUUUACCUGCUCCAAAACAGAACAGCCAAUCAGAUCUGGAAGAAGAGGAAUGACCAAGGAAAUAUGUGGCACCUGGCUCAGGUGGACAUUGAAGCAACCACAGCUUUUCAGAUCAUUAUUGAGGGGCACAGAGGAUCCAAUGAUCAGUCAGAUGUGGCCAUAGAUGAUAUAAAUCUUAUUCGUGGUCACUGCUCAGCUCCCCCAAGUGUCCCUGUGCAAACCACUGCAGCUCCACAGCCUCCUAUUGUCAAUGCUUCCUUCCAACCACCAAUAACAAAUAUCAUUGUGGCUCCCACCGUGGAAGAAACAACCAACUUAAUUAACAAGGACAAUCUUACUGAAGCUCCAGAUAACAGACCACCCCUGCACCCAGCAUGCCAACUCCUCUGUAACUUUGAGCAAGACUUAUGUCAGUGGAAUCAGAUGCCUACUGAUGCUUUUGAUUGGAUGAGGCAGAGUGGCUCCACCCCUACUAUGAAUACUGGACCUUCCUCAGAUCACACCACAGGAGAUGGCCACUAUCUUUACAUCGAAGCCAACAGUGCUUCAUAUGGAGACACGGCUCAUCUCAUCAGCUCUGUGUGCUCUGACCCUGGUCCUCAGUGUCUGCAGUUCUGGUACCAUAUGUAUGGCUCAGCAGAUACAAUGGGCCUACACAUUUACCUGCUCCAGAACAGAACAGCCAAUCAGAUCUGGAAGAAAAGGAAUGACCAAGGAAAUAUGUGGCACCUGGCUCAGGUGGACAUUGAAGCAACCACAGCUUUUCAGAUCAUCAUUGAGGGGCGCAGAGGAUCCAAUGAUCAGUCAGAUGUGGCCAUAGAUGAUAUAAAUCUUAUUCGUGGUCACUGCUCAGCUCCCCCAAGUGUCCCUGUGCAAACCACUGCAGCUCCACAGCCUCCUAUUGUCAAUGCUUCCUUCCAACCACCAAUUACAAAUAUCACUGUGGCUCCCACCGUGGAAGAAACAACCAACUUAAUUAACAAGGACAAUCUUACUGAAGCUCCAGAUAACAGACCACCCCUGCACCCAGAUGGCCACUAUCUUUACAUCGAACCCAACAGUGCUUCAUAUGGAGACAAGGCUCGUUUCAUCAGCUCUGUGUGCUCUGACCCUGGUCCUCAGUGUCUGCAGUUCUGGUACCAUAUGUAUGGCUCAGCAGAUACAAUGGGCCUACACAUUUACCUGAUCCAAAACAGAACAGCCAAUCAGAUCUGGAAGAAGAGGAAUGACCAAGGAAAUAUGUGGCACCUGGCUCAGGUGGACAUUGAAGCAAUAGAAGAAUUCCAGUGUGCAGCACUGUCCUGCCCACAAAAUAGUCAUUACCCCACUUGUGUCCCCGCGUGUAGUCCAACCUGUUUAUACUUGAAUGGCCCACCGCACUGCAGUAACAAUGAGGCUUGUGUUCCUGGAUGUGUAUGUGAUGAUGGAUUUGUGCUGAAAAGUCAGGUUUGCGUGCCUCUGCAACAAUGUGGCUGUGUGGACAGGAAUGGCACCAAACAUCAAUUCAAUGAAAAGUGGUACACUGAUCAUUGCAGUGAGCAAUGUGAAUGUGAGGAGGAUGAUGGAAUAGGGAAAAUUGACUGUGAUGACAAAGAUAAGUGUGGUGGAAAUGCUGUCUGCCUUCAAAAUGAAAAUGGCAAUUAUUACUGCCAGUCUACAGGCUUCGAUGAGUGCACUAUCAAAGGGGAGUAUAGAACAUUUGAUAAAAUGAAGCAUGAUUUUUGAGGGGUGAACUCCUAUGUGCUGGUCAGGACCAGCAACUUGCCAAAUAACCUUCCAGACAUCUACAUUGAAGGCAUCAACACACCUGCCUUAGGUGAUCGUGAUGGUCAGCAUGAAAGUGAAAGUAGCAUUGAAGAAGAUCAGAGCAGCAGAGUCGGGGAAGAUGAUGAAGAAGAUGAAGAUGAUGACAACAGCAAAAAACAAAACAAACACCAUAGAUUACAAGAGCUUAAGAUCAGAGUGUACAAUCACACUGUGGAGUUCAAGAAGAAUCGGAACCUGAUCGUGGAUGGAAAGAGAACUGACACACCCAUCUCAGUGACUGGUGGUCUAAAAAUCUGGGAACGUUCCUCUCGAAUCUACCUACAAACUGAUUUUGGCCUGUCGGUGGAGUUUGAUAGACACAGCACAGCAGAGAUUGUUCUACCACGCAUUUAUAGAAGGAAGGUGGGAGGCCUGUGUGGAAACUUUGAUGGUCAGAAGAAGAAUGACAAGAUGAAGCCAGAUGGUACCAUGGCCAGAAGCACUCGAGAGUUUGGAGAGAGCUGGAGAGUGUGAAGGCCAGAUGAGACACUGUCCUAGAAUGUGGGCAGUGGAGGUCAUGACCACAAGUUGAAUGGAUAAAUAAGAACACAAGGUUUUAAUUAUUUAGAUUUUUCUUUAGCUCUGCUUUGCAGGUCUAUGACACUGUUUUGCUGUUGCACAAGAAGUACACAAAAAUAACUGUUAACCUACUGAAGUCACAUUUUUCAGGGACUUGGACAUGUUUUAGAUACUGAAUGAAAUUUCUGAGAUUUCUACACAUAUUUGAAAGAAUCUUUGAACUCUUAAUGAUUAUCUAUCGAA